AUUACUAGCGGCAACUAAGAAGACAAGUUGAUUAAGAUAUGUAACUAACAAGCAGAUCUUAUGUUUGUUUUUCAAAAAGUAGGAAUAAAUAUAUCACGUAGAAUUUGCACUUUGGAUGGACAUGCAGGGACCAUCUGCUUACUCGACCGCAUCUCUGCGCGUUGCUGGAAGGAGAGACUCUGGUGGGGAUAUAGCGGCUGACCCGAGCCUUGACACGAAACACUUUCGCGUUUGUCGUUUCAUCAUGGAGACAGGAGUGAAACUCUGCAUGCGCUCGGUGCCCGUGGCUACAGCAUGUGUGCUCUAUCAUCGUUUCUUUGAGAGGGUCAGUAUCCAUGCCUAUGAACCCUACCUAGUGGCCAUGAGCUGUGUGUACCUGGCUGGUAAAGUGGAGGAGCAGCACAUCAGGACCCGUGAUAUCAUCAAUGUAAGCCACAGGUAUUUCAACAGUGGCAGUACUCCUUUAGAAUGUGACAAGGAGUUCUGGGACCUGAGGGACAGCGUGGUGCAGUGUGAGCUCCUCAUCCUCCGACAGCUCAACUUCCAAGUCUCCUUCGAACACCCUCACAAGUAUUUGCUCCACUACCUGCUGUCUGUCAAGUCACUUGUGAACCGCCAUGCUUGGUCUCGAACUCCUGUAGCUGAAACUUCCUGGGCGCUGCUUAGAGACUGUUACCAUGGAGCCAUGGUCAUCUGCCACAGACCCCAACACAUCGCCAUAGCAAUGCUGUACCUGGCUCUAAACAGCUAUGGAGUGGAACUGCCUGCUGGGGAGAGAGAGUGGUGGCAGGUGCUGUGUGACGACGUGAUGAAAGCAGAUAUCGACGCUGUGAUCGCAGACCUUCUUCAGCUCUAUGAUAUGGAGGCCAAGUGUAUCUGAACAACACACCUACAAGACCAUCACGUCUCUGUUUUGCCACUUGACUGUGCAGUACAAAGCUGAAUGUGUGUUAUGGUGCACAUUGUAGUGUAAAACUGUACUUAUAUAGUGCUCUGCUACAACUGAGCACUCAAAGUGCUUGAGUUCAGGUGUGUCUAAGGUAGAAGAGCACUUUGUGUCUUUGCCCCAGUUAUUCUGUGAGUUAACAAAAACAUGCCUGCACUACUGAUUUCUUCCAGUGUGGGGAGACAUUUCUUUCAUUUCUGAUCUGUUAUUUGUCGGCCUUGCACUGCAUAAUACAUCCUGAGCGCUUCAAAAACAUGCUGACUCUCAGUACCACCGAUCUCUUCAUAUUCCACACAUCACACAUUUUUACUACAAAUGCUAGUAGAUCUUUCUGGACUAGGGUAGUACAGCACAGUUUUUUUGUUUGUUUGUUUUUUCUUUGAGAUUAUAGGCUUGAUUAGUACCUUGCAGAAUAAACCUGCAUAUUUUCAAGGACAAUGGAUGCUACAUACUGGAUACCAUAAAUAUCUUGUAUUUUUACGAUGCAUAGUAUUCACAUACAAAUGCAUUGGUUGGAUGAAGUAUUAUAGAGGAAUAUCUGUAAUUUCCAUUAAUCCAUUCAUUUUUAUUAACUACUUGUUCAGUUCAGGGUCACAGGAGGCCUGG